UUUUUUUCAUUACAUCGGAGCAUUUUUUUCAAAACCUCGAAUCAUUUGGCAUUAAAAGUCGUGAUUUCAUUCAUCUACUGUGCUGCUGAAAGUUAAUAAAAUGAGCCAGUGUCAUAUCCACGAUACAGGCCCUUCAAAUAGUAUUAUGCCAGGUACGUUUGAGCUUACGCUAAAUCAGUCCGGAAUGGACAACAUUGGAAUCUUAACACCACUUGUGAAAAUUCACGAGACUCCAAGCAUAUCGCUCACUCAGUCUACAACUCUCAGUGAUGUCAUUGGUGGCCAUGGGUCACCAUUAGUUGAAUCCGAAACAUUUCCAAUUAUGCAGCAAGUUUUUGUCAAUGAAGAAAAUACGACGUGUGAGUGUAUCUCACAGGAGAAAACGAAACAGGAAAUCCUAGAUAAGAUUGAUCAAGCCAAAGAGGAAGUAGUGUCGACUGUUCUGCAUGCGAUGGAGAACAUUAUAACAAAAACUAUUUCAGUCGUAAAAAGUGAUUUUGAUGCGAAGUUGGCUCUUUUGCAAGACGUUAAGCCACAAUUAUCAGGAAUGGCAAACUUCCAGUUCCUGCCUAUAUCGACUGUUAGCCGGUUCGAAGAAGAGAACAGUAAAUUAGAGAAUGCAGACUACGCUAAAAACGUGAGGCCGAUUUGGAAAUCUACUGCCGAACCACCUAUUUCUACUAGUUCUUCAGAUGACGACGAAAAGGAUGAAAACAGUCGACCGUGA